AUGGUUAACAAUAUAUCUAUAGUUGGAAUCUUUUGUUUGAUCAUUUUUGGAAUUGUGUAUUUUAUUGGUAUUUUGGGAAAUGGAUUCAUUCUAGUUGUGAAUGGACACCAAUGGUUGCAAAACAGGAAGAUGAUUCCUUCUGAUUUCCUUCUGAACAGCCUGAGUACCUCCAGGUUUAUCAUGCAGCUGGGUUUGCUGAUAAACGGCAGUCUGCACUUAAUUGUAAAUAUUAAACUACCUCUUUUCUUAUAUGAUGUUCUUUUCUUUUCCUGGAUGUUUUUCAACAUGACCAGCCACUGGUGUGCCACAUGGCUGAGUGUUUUUUAUUGUAUGAAGGUCACCAACUUUGCCAACCCGCUCUUCCUCUGGCUGAAAGCAAGGAUCAAUAUGCUUGUACCCAGGUUGCUUGGACUGUCCAUAGCCGUUUUCACAAUUUCUUGUCUUCCUUUGCUUGUUGAUUAUUUUGGAUACACAAAGUGGUGCAAUCUCACAGAGACUCUGCCGAAGAAUGCCAGCCAAAGAAAGGUUUGUGACAAAGCUGUCAUUGUUUUUCUUCCCAUUCAAUUUUCUUUUUAUGUCCUAAAUUUGGGCCUAAGUACAAUUGCAAUCAUUCUUUUGCUUGUCUCUCUGUGGAGACACACAAGAAAUCUCAAGAAAAGUGGUGUUGGUGUUAAGGACCUCAACACUCAGGUCCACAUUAAAGUCAUGACAUUUUUGUUGUUCUGGUUCUUCUUCUACUUUGUAGAUUUCAUUGGUGUGAUAGUUUAUGCCAUCAUUAAUUCUACUGAGGGAGAUAUUACGACUGUUCAAGGACUGCUUAUUGGCAUCUGGAUGUCUGCAUUUCCCUCUGCACACACUAUUAUAUUAAUAUUAACCAAUCCUAAUUUGAAAGAAAUGUGUAUUCGCCUCAUAAAAGAAAUGUAUGCUCACAUCAUAAGCAUCGGACACAGUACUUCCUAACAUGAAAAAAGAGCAGUAGACAUUUAACCCUUAUGUACAAGGGAGGAGAAGACAUUCCACUUCCCAUCCAAUUGAGUGCGUGUAACAUUGCAUAUAUGACAA